AUGCCGCCCAACAUCCCGGCAUCGCUGGCCGCUUACGUUCAGACGUGUCUGGAACAUCGCGCCUCGACACUGAUCACGUCGAUACUCGGCACGCCCUCGACAUGGCUCGCCCUGCGUAUCGUGUAUGCCGCGAUUUACGGCGUGGGGGAUUCCGCACGGGACGAACACAGACAGACGACGGAACACGGGGCCGACAAUGAGACGAGGCCGGUGAUCUUCGUCAGUCUACUUAGACCGCUGAGCCUGUGGGUUGAAAUGGGUAGAAAAGUGGGGCUGGAUAUCCCGUCACUGCUCAAGCGCAAGGGUAUCGUCUACAUCGACGGCAUGGUCCUCGACGGCGGCGGCGCGGCGCGACACUCGAGUCCUCCGGAGGUUCCUUCAGACAGCCCGCCGGGGCCUCUACCGUCGAUCAAGCUCAAAUCACUCUCGCCGCAGCACGUUCAAGAAGCCGUCGAGGCCGGCGUGCAAUCCUUGACUUCAACUUCGUCAUCUACGACUCUUACGACCACCACAUCUGCUACUUCGCAACAACAGUCGAUGCCGUCCGGCACCACGCCGACGACGCCUCGGACACCUCAACCUCGGCCUCAGACGCAGCGGCAAUUACCGUCACCGUCACCGUCACCGUCACCGUCACCGUCACCGUCACCGUCACCGUCACCGUCACCGUCAGCUUCCACUUCAGCCCCGGGAGCACCUGCAGCGAGCGCGAGCGCGAGUCCCCUCGUGUUCAUCGACGGCGUCGACUUUAUCCUCGCGUCGCAACCUGAAGUCACGCCCGCGAUGAUUGACUCGGUCCUCGGGUCCAUACGGGCUCGCUGUCACGCCGUGGUGGUCACGGCCCAGGCCGACGCGCCGCUACUGCACCCUGCUACGUCGUCUGGAGAUGCCGGCACGCCUCUGGAGCGCGACCAUGCGCACUUUGUCACGACGCAGGCCCAUCACAGUCGCUGGGUGUGGCAACUGCGCGGCCUGGACACGGGAACCGCCAAGGACGUCACGGGCGUGAUCAGGGUGAGUCGGGGAGGGAGUAUGGAUUCUGAGGGAGACGAUGAUGUCGACACCCCGAGUGACCGUCCCGCGGAUAUGGAGCGCCUGUAUCAGAUCAAGGGUGAUGGAUCGGUCAGAGUAUGGAGUCGUGGCGAAUGA